AUGGAGCAGCAAUUCUCAAAUAGGUCUGCCCAGCAGGUCCAACCUCAGCAACAUGCUUUUAGUACGCCUCCAUACACCGUUUAUGCGAGUCAGCCACCAUAUAUAUCAGCCAAUUACCAGGCUGCUCCUCAGCCUCAACCAAUGAACUAUCAACAAUCAACUAAUCGUUAUACAACGACUCGCCAGAUGACCCCAAAUCAAGCUCCAACGAAUAACCAGUUACCUCAACGGCGGGUCACUAAUGCUGUAGGUUCCGCUGUUGGUAACACGAUGUUGUCACAAGGAGGUACUAUGUCUGGCAUUCCUUCACAUCAACGUUUUUCAUCUGCUAGCGAAACUUCUCACACUAUCUCUGCAGCCCCAAUGCACACUUUCAAUUCUUUUACUCAUAGUCGCCCACCUUCAACCGAGUUGCCACUGCGAAUGGUGGUAGAUGCGAAAUAUGUUGGAGCCAUUAUUGGUCAGGGUGGUUCAAGUAUCCGCGAAAUUACAAAAGACUCAAAGGCGAAAUGUGUAGUUGAUAUUCAGAAAGCCGUGCGAGAUCCACUUGGUAAUGCAGAAAAGGUAAUUUCUAUUUUGGGGCAACCGGAGAGUUGUAGUCGUGCGUGUACGAAAAUCUUAGAAGUCGUUAGGCGGGAAAUGGAAAAAGACGGGUCACUGAAAGGGUAA